UUGUUGAGUCCCAUCAUAUUGAACGCGCGCAGCCCUAACUAACUUACCCAUAAGCCUCCGCCCAGCGCGCGGGCGACUGCUGCUCCACUGCGGACUACAAUGACGGACAACAUUCCGCUGCAGCCCGUCCGACACAAAAAACGACAUGACAACAAACGAAGAGACGGGUGCUGCCCAUGGUCCAGAUGCUGCGGUGGGGGAGAUUUCCGUCCUCGGACCGUGUGGUUGGGCCAUCCGGAAAAGAGAGAGCAGAGAUACCCAAGAAAUGUCAUAAACAACCAGAAAUACAAUUUCUUCACCUUCCUGCCAGGGGUGUUGUUUAACCAGUUCAAAUACUUCUUCAACCUGUACUUUCUGCUGCUGGCCUGCUCACAGUUUGUGAAUGAGCUCAGAUUAGGAGCUCUGUACACAUACUGGGUUCCUCUGGGGUUCGUUUUGAUUAUUACAAUCGUGAGGGAAGCUGUCGAGGAGAUGCGAUGUUUUCUACGAGACAAAGAGGUCAAUUCACAGAUCUACAGUAAACUCUCCACAAGAGGAACCGUGAAGGUGAAAAGUAGUGGCAUCCAGGUUGGAGAUCUUAUCAUUGUUGAAAAGGUUGGUUUGCUAAUCAGCUCUCUCAUUACAUUUUUUCCUGAUUUUUAUCAUAAAGGCUCCUGUUUUCUGAGGACUGAUCAGUUGGAUGGAGAAACCGAUUGGAAACUACGCCUCCCUGUGGCCUGUACGCAGAGACUCCCUACUGCUGCCGAUCUACUGCAGAUCAGGUCAUUUGUUUAUGCUGAGGAACCGAACAUUGACAUCCAUAACUUCAUCGGUACCUUCACUAGAGAAGAUGGAGACCCUCCAGUCAGUGAAAGUCUGAGCAUUGAGAACACUCUCUGGGCGAGCACUGUCAUUGCUUCUGGCACCGUGGUUGGGGUGGUGAUUUACACCGGUAAAGAGCUGCGCAGUGUAAUGAACACCUCCAACCCAAGACAUAAGAUCGGCCUGAUUGACCUGGAAGUGAACUGUCUGACUAAGAUCCUGUUUGGUGCUCUGGUGGUGGUCUCACUGGUCAUGGUGGCUCUGCAGCACUUCGCUGGACGCUGGUAUCUCCAGAUCUUCCGCUUCCUUCUGCUCUUCUCCAACAUCGUCCCCAUCAGUUUGCGUGUGAAUUUGGACAUGGGCAAAAUGGUGUUCAGUUGGAUGAUCAAGAAAGACUCUAAAAUCCCCGGGACGGUGGUUCGAGCCAGUACUAUACCAGAGCAACUGGGCCGGAUCUCUUAUCUGCUCACAGACAAAACUGGAACCCUCACUCAGAAUGAGAUGGUGUUCAGACGACUCCAUCUUGGAACGGUGGCGUACGGCAUGGACUCGAUGGAUGAAGUGCAGAGUCACGUGUUCAGCGCUUACACUCAGCCUCCACAUGACCUGCAGGCCUCUCGUGCACCGGGUGCCUCCAAAGUGAGGAAGACCAUCAGCAGUCGAGUGCACGAGGCAGUGAAGGCCAUUGCACUGGUGCACAACGUGACCCCGGUAUAUGAGUCCAACGGUGUGACGGAUCAGGCAGAAGCUGAACAGCACUAUGAAGACACCUGCAGGGUUUACCAGGCCUCCAGUCCAGACGAGGUGUCUCUGGUUCAGUGGACGGAGAGUGUCGGUCUGACGCUGGUCGGUAGAGAUCAGUCUUCAAUGCAGCUGAGGACACCUAGUGGACAAAUACUGAACUUCACCAUCCUGCAGGCUUUCCCCUUUACCUACGAGAGCAAACGCAUGGGCAUCAUAGUGCGAGAUGAAUCCACAGGAGAGAUCACGUUUUACUUGAAGGGUGCUGAUGUGGUGAUGGCUGGUAUUGUUCAGUACAACGACUGGCUAGAGGAGGAGUGUGGGAAUAUGGCCAGGGAAGGCUUGAGGGUGCUAGUGGUGGCCAAAAAAUCCCUCACAGUUGAACAAUACCAAGAUUUUGAGGCUCGCUACGUCCAGGCCAAGCUGAGCGUUCACGAUCGUUCGCUGAAGGUGGCCACAGUGAUAGAGAGUCUGGAGAUGGAGAUGGAGCUCUUGUGUCUUACUGGAGUCGAGGACCAGCUUCAGGCCGAUGUCAGACCCACUCUGGAGAUACUGCGCAACGCUGGCAUCAAAGUUUGGAUGCUGACCGGGGACAAAUUAGAGACUGCAACCUGCACAGCCAAAAACGCCCAUCUAGUGACCCGCAAUCAGGACAUCCACGUGUUCAGGCCUGUAACCACUCGAAGCGAAGCCCACCUUGAGCUCAACGCCUUCAGGAGGAAACACGACUGCGCGCUGGUGAUAUCGGGAGACUCUCUGGAGGUCUGUCUGAAGUAUUAUGAGUAUGAGUUUAUGGAGUUGGCGUGUCAGUGUCCGGCCAUCGUGUGCUGCCGCUGCGCUCCCACACAGAAAGCUCAGAUCGUUCGUCUGCUGCAGGAACGCACCGGCAAACUCACCUGCGCCGUGGGGGAUGGAGGAAAUGAUGUCAGCAUGAUCCAGGAAGCAGACUGUGGCGUGGGAGUGGAGGGCAAAGAAGGGAAGCAGGCGUCUCUGGCUGCAGAUUUCUCCAUCACUCAGUUUAAGCACUUGGGCAGACUGCUCAUGGUCCACGGCAGAAACAGCUACAAGCGCUCCGCCGCGCUCAGCCAGUUUGUCAUCCACCGGAGUCUCUGCAUCAGCACCAUGCAGACCGUGUUCUCCUCUGUCUUCUACUUUGCAUCUGUUCCACUUUAUCAAGGCUUCCUCAUUAUCGGAUACUCCACUAUCUACACCAUGUUCCCAGUUUUCUCUCUGGUUUUGGAUAAAGAUGUCAAGUCUGAGGUGGCCAUGUUAUAUCCUGAACUUUACAAAGAUCUUCUAAAGGGACGGCCUCUCUCAUUCAAAACCUUCUUAAUAUGGGUCUUGAUCAGUAUCUACCAAGGUAAGCGAAUUCUCUGGUUAUUUUACCCUAUGGUCCGCAACAAGCUUCACUCAGGACGGCCUCUCUCAUUCAAAACCUUCUUAAUAUGGGUCUUGAUCAGUAUCUACCAAGGUAAGCGAAUUCUCUGGUUAUUUUACCCUAUGGUCCGCAACAAGCUUCACUCAGUGAGCAAUAGUGUGGAAAUUGAGAAGAGCAGUUAUGUCUAG